GGCAUCAUACGACCAACGCAGGAACAACGAUUUAAAACGAUUAUCGAAUUAUCAGAACGUGGUGGCAUUGGUUUUGAGCCUUCUUCCUUCUGUUCAGGUUGUCUUGUACGGCGACCCAUACGUUCAAAACAUUGCAGCGUUUGUGAUCGCUGCGUUGCACGCUUCGAUCAUCACUGUCCUUGGGUUGGCAAUUGCAUUGGACUUAAAAAUCACGCUUAUUUCAUGGGUUUCCUCUGGAUGUUACUCAUAAUGUGCGGUUGGAUGUUAUACGGCGGCGCCUGUUAUUAUAUCUAUCAAUGCAAUGUACAUUUAACUCUCGUACCGCUUGAGGAUUUUGAGAAAGCCAUCAGUGACAUAGCCAAUUGCAAUCCAUGGGUUGGCUGGGUUAUGGCUAAUGCAUUACUACAUCUCUCAUGGGUUGUGUUGCUGACAAUAUGCCAGACAUAUCAAGUCGUAUGCCUAGGAAUGACAACAAAUGAGCGCAUGAAUCGUGGACGGUAUCGACAUUUUCAAGCGAAAGGUGGACAAAGUCCUUUCACACGUGGGCCAAUCAACAAUUUCUUCGACUUCUUACAAUGCAGCUGUUUUGGUUUGGUACAACCACGUCGGAUCGAUUGGAUGAACUACUACGAUUUGGAUAUGCAGGUGGGACGUACAACUGUGGAACAAGAGCCAUUAUUGCGUGGUAAUGCUGAUGGUGAAGGUGGUGGCACAGAGCUAGCACACUAUCAGUAUGUGUAGGAUAAGUCGAAUCGGGAUGCGGAGACACGCAAUGCACCCAUAGCAAAUGUGUAGGCAAAAACGGCUGGGCUGGAAAGUAUACAAUCAAUGGCAUUUUUUUUUAAGUGCAUUAUUUAAAAGGAAGUAGUCAAGUAAAUGAAUAGUAUGACUAAGUGCCUCUUUUACAGUGGGGGUUAACUCAAAUUCGGCUGUUAACUUUCAAUUUUUGUACUAAAAACCUGUAGUUAACAGCCGAAUGAGAGUUAACUCGUUACUGUAAAAACGGCCCUAAGUGGUUUAGUCGUGAUGACGCUUCUAAAGUAUGUACGUUGUUACAAGGCCAACCCUUAGUCUUGAAUAAUUGACAGUAAUAAGCCACAAAAAGCAUUUGCUAAACGCAUUAACCUUUCGCUGUAUUAUAUGUAAACCUAGUUAUUAUAAUUUAUAAGAUUAAUUACGCUUAGGUGGAAAAUACGUGAACAAAUUUUGAAUAAAUUUGACUACGAUGUGCAUCGUAAGUACGUAGUUGUAUUUGUAUUGUAUUUAUUUUACCACAACUGUAAUUAUUAGUGCUUACACUUUUUUAUUCAUAUUGAUUGCCAAUCUUAAAAGCUUUAGAUAACAAGGCUAUUUCUUUAAUUUCUGCGCAUACAUGUACAUGCAUAAUAGUGAGCUUUUUAAGUUAAGGUUAGACCGUUUUAUUAUUUCUGACAUAAUGAAUAUACUGUCUAACAUGUAAACUCAGUUAAAAAUUUAGCGAACAUUUAUUAUAGCAAGAUCAGAACGACGUUUGCAUAGAUAUUUAUGCAUGGAAAAGUGUAAUGCAUUUGCAGUUUGGGUAGCCGUCUGUGUGGUCAAAGUAAACCGAUUCAUGUUAGCACAAAGAUAUUGUGUGCGUUGUAGGAAAAAUGCAUUGGGAAUGACAUUAGAAAUAUAGUAAAUUAUUUGUUAAGCAAAUACAUAUGUAUAUAUGUAUUUUUUUUUCUAAAACUUCUUGGUGUCAUACGUGCUAAUUAAAUAUAGUAC